UUGUGCGGUGCGUUUGUGUGUUUCGUACGGUUUUGCUUGUGGUGUUUUCUUAUUCUAAUACAAUAUUUUUUUUGGCUCAAUUUAAUUUAGUCAUUUGAUUGGCCAUUUGGUUUUAAGUUAUUGACCGUUGUACGUUUUUUUCAUUAUCGAUUAUGAAAAGCGACUAAAUAAAUUGAAUAAGAAAACCGAAGACGGAAAGAUAGUUAACAGACAUUAAAAGGUGAAACGAAACAAAUCAAUCGUUGAAGUGGUCGUUGUACAAACGUAACGUUUUGUUUGAAUAAUCGUUUCUCGAUCGAAAUUUGAAGAAGAAAAAAAAAACGAGCAAGAGAGAGAGACAGAAAAAUCGCAUUGAUCUCUCUUGCAUUAAAAAAGUGAGAUUUGUAGAUUUAAAAAAAAUCCGACCAAAAAGGACUCACACAACAACAAAAUGAACUCUUGGAAGCUGCUGCUAUUACAACUAUUAAUCAUUGGAUUGAUGACAUCAGGACUGUCUGCACCAUCGGAAGAUGCCAAGCUAUCGGAUUCAGAUUAUCAACAGGAUGGUGAAGGCGACGAUGACUAUGACGAUGAUGUGUCAGAUUCGGUGCAAAAGCAGGGCAACAUAAAUAGUAACAGUGUUGAUACAAAUGUUAAUACGGCUGCAGCAUUUUUCAAAUUGUCCGACUACACCGAAACUGUACGAAUUGGUGAAACGGUAACACUAAGAUGUGAUGUUGAAAAUUUUGCAGCACACAAUGUGGUGUUAUGGAAUGUACAAGGAAAACCUUUAUUUGUUGGCAACCAACGUUCCACAAUUGAUGAUCGAUUCAUCGUAUCCGUAAAAGAUCAUUCGUUAACAAUAACCAAUGUACAAGAAUCAGAUCAAAAUGUGUAUAGUUGUCAAUUGUUUCCAAAUAAAAUGAAUAUGACAGCAAAAUUGGUGGUUUUGUCAAAUUUGCAAGCGCAUAUCAUUGUGGGUGAACGUGAUGUGAGCGGACGUUCAAUAACUUAUCGUCAAAAUGAUCGAAUUCAAAUCGAAUGCAAAGCAAGUGGUGCGAAAAAUGAUAUUGUCUUCAAAUGGUCGGCCGGUGGAAAUCGUCUUGAGUCGAACGAUAAUCUUAAAAUAAAUGGUGGCAUUUUGACAAUUGAAAAAGCAAGCCAUGAUGAUGUUCGUGUUUAUCAAUGUUUGGCCGAUGAUGGAGCUGAUGGAACUGCACAUGCUGUUGUUACAAUCAAUAUUCAAUACACACCUCGUGUUUCGGCUCUACGUUCAGUGAUUAAUACAAAAGACGGUGACAAUGCUGAAUUAUAUUGUGAUUAUGAUUCAUCAAUUGAAAGUCAAGUUAUUUGGAGCAAAAAUCAACAAAUUUUGCAAACUGGUGCUUCGCAUGAAAAACGUUCAAAGUACAUUAUUCUACCACCAAAAACAUCACCAACAUCACAAAAUCAAAUGCAAUCGAUUUUGGUGGUGAAUGAUGUUAAGCCACAAGAUUUGGGUGUAUAUGAAUGUAAAGUUGAAAAUUCAAUUGGCAAUGAAAAUGUUAGCAUUGAUUUGACAGACGCACCGGAACCACCAAAGUUACAUCAAGUUGAAACUGAUGGAAACAGUAUCGUUACCCAUUGGCACAUUCGUAGCAUGCAACCACUUAAAGAGAUCAUGUUGAACUAUCGACUUAAAGGAGAAACUAAUUGGUUAACCGAAGCUGUAAUUGAUCAGAGCCCAGGACAUUCUGGUAUUUGGAAGAUAAGACAUAAGCUUACUUUGACGCCAGGCGAUUGGCAUGUUCGUGUUAAAUCCAAAAACACUAAUGGAUGGUCUGUGUACUCAACUCUAGAAGAUAUACCAAUUAAAGGUAUUUCUCCCUCUCUCAUUAUUCAUUCAGGUUCAGAUACAAGUUCAGCGAACCAAAUGGUAUCACCAUCGAUUGCAUCAUAUGCCAUUAAAAUUGCGGCGCUUAUUUCUAUUUAUUCAAUUAAUUGGUCAUCGCGACUAUUUGGCUAAAUUAAUUUCAUUUUGGUGUGCUUGAAUAAAAAAAAAACUAUUGUGAAUAACAAACAAACGAAACAACAAAAGAUAUCUUAAUAAAAAAAAAUUAUUUUUUAUUAUUGUCUAAAUAAUAAUUAUUAUUUCGAAUUGUAGAAAAAACGAACAGGUUCAAUCGAAAUAUACUAUUAUAGAAUGAAAUUAUUUAAAUAGAGUUUAGGCAAUUUCGAUUGAUGAUAAAAUGAAGAAUAAAAAAAAAAUGAAUGGGCCAUUAAGCACCAGCUCGCUUAUACUCUCCGCAGCUAUGAAUCCAUGAAUAUUAUCAAAAAUAACUCACAUACUAUACAAACACACAUAUACAAAAGGAAUGCAUAAAUGUUUCAAGCACAUUUUUAUUGUUGAUUAAUUGUAUAUUUAAACUAUAGACACAUAUACCGUAAAUGCUAAGGAAGAAGGAUUUAUUAUUGCAGUUUCAAUAUAUUUUUUUUUUCAAUGAUGACCGAAUGCAUACGAACUCAGUCGAAAGGACAAAUCUUUGAUGACAACGGAAAUAUUCCGUGUGCGAGAAAAAUUUAUGAUGAACCAAUUUGAGGCCGUUGAUUGGAAAAAUAGACAACUUAAAUUAACAUUUGCUAAAACGUAAAAAGUUCAUAAAUGUUCGACUACAGCAGAUUAUUUGGUUACGCUUAAAUGUAAUUAUAGUCGAACGCCGGCCAAAAUAUUCCAAAAUAAUUGAUUUAUUACUAAGCGACUAUGGUCGAUUCCAGAAAUAUCAAAAUUCGCUGUUUUUUUUUUCACACGGAAAAUUUUUUGUUUGACAAAAGAAAAACUAUAAAAUUUCAACCAAAUAAAUAAUUUCGUCGCAUUGAAGCCAUAAAAUGAGAUGAUUCAUAGAGUAAAAUAGAUAAAUUAAUGAAAAACGGAUGUUCGUCUAAAAUGUAUUAACGAUUUGUAGAUAGAGGACAUACAUGAAAUUUUCAGAUUUCAAGCGUCUAUAAAAAGCACUCUCCAUUCACACAUAGAGAGUAAAAAUGAGAAACAAACGAAAGUAACAACAUCAAUUAUCUAUAUUUUAGUACACUAUAAUGUAAAUGUAGAUCUGUAAUAUUAAUUUCCAAAAUAAUUAAUAUUUUUAUUUAGUAAGUUGAGGCAAAGAAAACACCUUAAAUCUUUAAAAUUCAAUUCCCCUUUGGUUCGUUAAAAGGAAAGCGAAUUUUAUUAGGGUCAAUGAAACUGGUUUUUGAAAACAAAAAUGAAAAAAAUGAAGUUGAUGCCGAAUGUUGUAUGAAUGGGACUUUAUUUUUCAUAUAAAAUUUAAGUGAGUUUCUUUUUCAACGAGAUUAUAAAUACGUGUCUCUUGAUAUUUUACAUUUCAUUGUCUUUUAUAUAUACCAAAUAUCUAAUUAUCUUACACUCGAUAAUUCUGGCUACUGUUUGAAAUACUGUUUAUCUACAAAAAAAUAUAUAUUUCAGCAACAAAUCUGCUACUUACCACAAUUUAUCCGUUAAGCUUAUUCAAUAUAACUAUGCACCAAUACAAAAAAAAACAAGUGUUUAUUCAGUAUCAUUGCAAAGUGUUGGGCGGCCUCGUUUUAAUCAAAUAAUAUCGUUCAUAAGAUCUUAUUUAUAGAAGACUUUUUAGAUGAAUGUGAGUCAUUAGAAUAUAUACUUACUUACAGUUUAGGUGCAAAGGGAACAUAAAACAGUUCCCAUAUUCAUUCGCAAAAUUUAAUCACACACGCCCAUACUAUUCAAUAAUCAUAAAAAUCGAACGCUUCUUGCACCCAAACAAAUCGUUCCGUUCAAUACCAUGCAAACUGUGUACUCACAAUCAUUAGCAUGAUGGUUUUUAUUUUGUUUGUUUAUUUGCUCAGCAGAAAUUUCUUUUUGUGUAUAUUACUUACUUAGACUCACAUAAAAUGAAAGAAAAUUAUACCGACUACACGAAAAAAAAAAAUAGAAAUAAUAAGAAUAAAGAAGUUUUUUUUUUGUUUUGUUAGUGUGGAAAGAAGAAAUUGCAAGUCUAAAUUUCGGGUUGUGUUCUAGUUUCAAAUUUUUUUCGUUUUGCAUUGUAUAAAAUGAAUAAGCUAGAGAAACUCAACCCAUUGUCACCAAAUAUGCCUUCAAAAACAGAUACAAACAUACAUACACUUUUUAUUUGGUAGACGUUGGUAGCUAAUUCAUAGCCAUUCAAUGGAUCACAGUGAUUUACACCGUCCACAGAUGCCGGUGAUUUUUUUACAAUUGACGACAUCGGUGAAUCUCUGUCCAAUCUAUUCACGAACCAUUGAAUCGACAUGAACAUAGACACAAACGGUACACCGAAUAGAAAUUGUGAUAAAGUGUGCUUAUCGCCAGAAACAUCUACAUUAUUAGGAGAACGAAGAAAAAAAUAAAAUAAAAAAUACAUUUGUAAAUGUGUGAAAUUUAAGCUAUAAAUUUAGAAAUAAAUGCUUUUCAGUAUAAUAUACCAUAGGAAACUGCAUGUUUAACGGAAAUAAAAAAUAAUAAAAAUUAUAUUUACAAUA